CAUGCACGCCUCAAGUAUACAAUUGAUGAUAGGGAUCUUAAUUGGUUCCGUUCGGAGGUAGAAUCUCGUUUAGGAUACAAACUAGAUCCACCGGCUGUAUAUCAUUUUGAAGAUAAUGCUGAUCGAUACGGUUGGACAAAAGGUCUUGGUGAUAAAUGGCAUUUUUGUAUGUACAUAGAAAAUGGUCGCGUUAAAGAUUUUCCAGGAUUACCGACAAAGACUGGGCUACGUGAAAUUGCAAAGAUACAUAAGGGUGAUUUUAGAUUGACACCUAACCAACAUCUCAUCCUCGGUAAUAUUUCUCAAGCCGAUAAGCCAAAAAUCGAAGAAAUGUUAAAGAAAUACAAGUUAGACAAUCUACAGUUCACCGGUCUCAGAAUGAAUUCAAUGGCAUGUGUGGCGUUACCAACAUGCGGUUUAGCAAUGGCAGAGUCUGAAAGAUAUCUCCCUUCACUUGUCUCAAAAUUAGAAUCUAUUAUAGAGGAAGUAGGAUUAAGAGACGAUGCUAUUACAAUCAGAAUGACAGGAUGCCCUAAUGGUUGUGCACGCCCUUAUGUGGCAGAAAUCGCGUUCGUUGGAAAAACCGUAGGUACAUAUAAUGUUUAUUUGGGAGGAGGAUUUCACGGUCAAAGGUUGAAUAAGCUAUACAAGGAAAACAUGAAAGAAGAUGCGAUCUUAAAAGAGUUAAAACCAAUUUUGUUGCGAUAUUCUAAAGAAAGAUUGGAUGGCGAAAGAUUUGGCGAUUUUGUAAUUAGGAAAGGUUAUGUAAAGGCCACCAUCGCUGGAAAAGAUUUUCACGAUUUAUAA